AUGUCUGAAACAAAAGAGCUCCAGACGGAGUGGAAGACCGAGACGGUCUUGCCUGAAUACACCUUGAAGGAUGUUGCAGCACAUAAUACCAAGGGAGACACCUGGAUGGUGAUCCAUGGACAAGUCUUCGAUCUCACAGAGUACAUGCAGGAUCAUCCAGGAGGCGCAGAGGUGCUAGUCGACGUAGCUGGUACUGAUGCCACCGCAGACUAUGAGGACGUGGGUCACUCAGAGGAUGCACGCGAAAUCAUGCAACCUUUCUUGGUGGGCACAUUAAAAGAUGCCCAGCAGUACGUGCGACCCAAGGCAGUCCGCGUUGUCUCCCAAAAAACAGCAGAGGUGGAAGCCUCUUCCUCACCCCUCAAGGCCAUUGCGUGGGCUCUCGGUUUAAUACCGGCCUGCUACAUUGUCAGCCGCUCUAACCUCACAAAUGGCAUUGAUGCCAUCUCCCACUUGAUCCCCCAUCAACUGAAGAGCGUACGGCUGCCUCAUGGAGGCUUCAUCAAUGGUUUUUUGGCUGCUUCGGCCAUCUCUGCCGUCAUUGGUGUCAUGGCAGCCCGCCAAGCUGGCAAGUUCACCAAGAUCGACUCUGGCUUUAUGCGCUAUCCUCCCCAUAUGAAGGCCAAGAAGGUCAUUCGGGUAGACCCCCAUCUGACCCGAGGCUUCCUGGAGCCGCAGCAAUAUCAACGUCUCCCACUAGUGGAGAAGACUGAACUGGCUACGAAUGUUUUCCGAUUCGUCUUCGCCUUGCCCACCGCUUCAGGGGUGUUGGGUCUCCCCAUCGGCCAACACGUCGCCAUCCGAGCUGAGAUUGAAGGAACCAUGGUCACUCGCUCGUAUACACCAACCUCCAACAACACUGACCGCGGCCGCAUCGAACUGGUCAUUAAGUGUUACCCCGAUGGUUUGCUGAGUGGCAAGUACCUGGCAGGUCUGACAAUUGGCGACGAAGUUGAGUUCCGUGGACCCAAGGGUUCCAUGCGCUACAGCAAGGGUCUCUGCCGCAAGAUUGGCAUGGUGGCUGGUGGCACUGGUAUCACCCCUAUGUACCAGUUGAUCCGCGCGAUUUGCGAGAACGAUACCGAUACCACUGAAGUUAGUCUCAUCUACGCAAACCGAAGUGAGUCGGAUAUUCUCCUUCGCGAAGAAUUGGAGCGAUUCGCACGCCAGUACCCUAAGAACUUCAAGUUGUGGUACAUGCUUGACUCUGCACCAGAAGGAUGGACAUACGGCACGGGAUAUGUGGAUCAAGCCGUUUUGACAGCGCAACUUCCUGCAGCAUCACCGGAGACAAAGGUGAUGCUAUGUGGGCCACCGGGUAUGGUCAAUGCCACUAAGAAGAAUCUGCUGGCAAUGGGCUUUGCAAAGCCAGGGGUGGUGUCUAAGAUGACAGACGAAAUCUUUUGUUUCUAG